AUGGGAUCAAUAGCCAGAAGAACCAUUGGUUCGACCCAUCAAUGGUGGAAAGAAGCCGUUGUAUAUCAAAUCUAUCCCGCCUCCUAUCUCGACACUACCGGAUCUGGAGAUGGUGAUCUCAAUGGUAUCACCUCGAAAUUACCAUAUAUCAGAUCCCUUGGUGUAGAUGUAGUAUGGAUUUCACCUAUCUAUGCAUCUCCUAUGAAUGACAUGGGUUAUGAUAUUUCGGAUUAUCGAGCUAUCAACCCUAUGUUUGGUACUAUGCAAGACUGGGAACGUCUCUGCGCCAGAGCCCAUGAACUGGGUUUGAAACUCGUAAUGGACCUCGUGGUGAAUCACACCAGUUCUGAACAUCCCUGGUUCAAAGAAUCCGUCUCGGGCGGUCCUAACGGUCCCAAAAGAGACUUCUACUACUGGCAACCACCCAAGAAUGGCAAAGAGCCCAAUAACUGGGGUGCCAUGUUUGGUGGUUCAUCCUGGGAGAAAGAUCCUUCUCAUCAAACAGACGAAUACUAUCUUCACGUCUACGAUGUCAGCCAACCGGAUCUUAACUGGACAAAUCCAGCUGUUCGCAACGAGGUCUGGGAUAUUAUGCGCUUUUGGCUCGAUAAAGGAUGUGAUGGAUUCCGCAUGGAUGUUAUCAAUUGUAUUUCAAAGGAACCCGGAUUUCCCGAUUUUGAAGUUACCGACCCGAGACUUGAGUUUCAGAUUGGCGUGAGAGGCAAUUUCAAUGGACCUCAUGUCAAGGAAUAUUUGGAAGAAAUGCAUCGCGAAGUCCUCUGUCAUUACCCCGAAGCAUUUACCGUGGGAGAAACCCCAGGACUCAAGAGACCUGAGAGCGCAUUAGGCCUCGUACAAGGAGGAAAACCACUCCAGAUGAUCUUCCAAUUUGAACACAUGUACUUUGAUAUCCAACCCGGAAAGAAACCCUUCUUUCCUCGUCCUUCAUGGGAUCUUACCGAUAUGAAGAGAAAUCUUGGGGAGUGGAUGUCCUUCAAUGCAGCAAAUGAUGGCUGGGACUCUCUCUACCUAGAAAAUCACGAUCAGCCACGUAUUCUUGGGCGCUGGGCAAAAGAUACUCCGGAAUGGAGAGUGCAAGCUGCGAAAAUGUUAGCGCUAUUCCAUGCAACCGGCAGAGGAACUUUGUUUGUCUAUCAAGGACAAGAAAUCGGAACGGCAAACAGCAAGUGGUGGACAAAUGAAGAGUUCAGAGACGUAGAAGAGAUCAAUUUCUUCGCGGCCGAAAAGGCACGCAGAGAAAAAGAAUCGAAUGGGAAAGAAGUAGACAUGACUGAUAUUUCCCGCGGGAUCCAAGGCUACGGAAGAGAUAAUUCGAGAAUGGGUAUGCAAUGGGAUGACUCUCCCAACGGCGGUUUUACAAAGGGUAAACCAUGGAUCAAGACGAAUGAAGAAUACAAGGAAAUCAACGUCGCGGCGCAAGAGGGAGUUAAGGGGAGUACAUUGGAGUUCUGGAAACAGAUGAUUAAACUUAGGAAAGACAAUCCGGUGUUGUGUAAAGGUGGAUUCGAAAUGGUGGAUCAGGAGAAUCAGGAGAUUUAUGCGUAUUUGAGGAAGGGAGAGGAGAAGGAGUAUCUGGUUGCGUGCAAUUUCAAAGAGUGGGAUGUUAAAUGGAAGGUUCCGGUUGAGAUGGGAGAACUUUUGUUUGGAAGCUAUGAAGAAGGUGUGCAGAGUGGAGAGAAGGAGGGCGAAUUGAACUUGAGACCGUUUGAGGGAAGAAUAUAUGUGAGAGAUAUUUGA